AGCGAGGGCGUAGACUGGAGCGACUUGCAAAUUUUUUUAAUCCAACAGACUAUGAUGCACAUGACAAACCACGCAGUCCACCUCGAUACUGAAUUGAGUAAAUCCGAAGAAGACCCGGAGGUGGUGGAGGAGCAAAAAAGGACUGCUCGUCGUCAAUCUUUUAGAAGUCAUCCAUACAGUGGAUCGCCAAACGGUUAUCAGCAAAGAUACUCGAAUAAUGGACUGACUGACGGUCCAGUGUUAAACGGUCCAGUGCCAAACUCUCAUCCACAAAAUGGUCAAAAUGUCAAUCGUUUAGGUAUUGUACGAGGUCAACGAAUGCGUACGCUUGACCGACUUCCAAAUUUUCACAUGGGGAGACGCCGGUACACAAAUCCAGAGGAAUAUAAUUAGAUAUUUUAAUAUUCCGAAAAUAAAAAGUUUAUCUAUUGGUUUUAUUUAUUGUUCGUUGAUUUAAUUAAAAAGUGCAGUUUCAUAGUUUACUUGCGAUAUUUACAAUUUUUUAAGCAGUAACUAAUCGGCCCUCGUGGAGAGCUUU